CUUUGGACAAGAAGGAUUUGACUCAAUCAAAAUUGAGUCAAAAGUUUUUAAAUUUGCGGUCAAAAAUGGUGAAGUGGUUAUUUUUGAAGUCAAAAAAUCUCAGCUACACAAGAUUCAAUUCAAAAUUGACCUUGUUCCUCAAAUCAUUCGCUUUAUGUCUCAACUCACAAGUUCUGCAUCAAAAUUGGCACGGAGUAAACGAUUUGGAGAUAUUACAGUUUCUUUGGAAACUAACAGAUCAGGCGACUAUGUGAAAUUAGCUAAAAAUCAUGGGAGCUCCGCUCAAAUUCCGGUGGGACCGAAAAAAUCGAGCUUGUUUAAAUUCAUCAAUAUUUUUUCUAAUUUUGCAGGGCCACCAGAGUCUGUGCAGGACGACUCAAUCUCUUUGCAAUACAGGAGCACCUAUGAAAUCGAGGACAACACAUCGAUCUCUAAACUGAUUCUAAAUUAUCAAAUCCAAGCGGCUAGUAUCGAGAAUCAACUGGUUUUCACUCCCAUGAAACAACUACCACGGAUCGAGGCUUACUCAGAUGCCUCAGAUGGUUUUGACCAUUCUGAUGACUCUUUCUUUAGAGAUGACUUUCUUGGACACGCAACUGAAAGCGAUCGUCGUCUUCCGAUCUCCUACCCGGAAGAAAUUAGAAAUUCCAAACUCAACAGGGCUAUUUGCCGCAAAGCAAAAUUCGUCACAUCGGAAAAUUGUCUGCCAACAGACAACUUAAACACACAACUCAAAAUUUACAGAAAAACGCAAAAGAACAAAAGGCGUCACAGCAUGACGACUAGAUCACAAUCCAGAGAUUUUCCUUGGGACUAGUUUUAUGUUUUCCUUUAUUUUACUUUUUCUCUGUACUGCUUUUCUUUUUAUUCUCGCAUUGUACUGUUUUUCUCUUAUCAAUAAAAUGCAUUUUUUCUUUAAAAAAAAAAAA